AUGGGCUUCACCGAUCUCGUUUCCGAAGCAGGCCUGACUCUCCUGAACAACUAUGUCAAGACCCGCAGCUACAUUGUUGGCUACUCCCCAUCGCAGGCCGAUGUAAAGGUCUACCAGCAAAUCAAGCAGAUCCCCGCGCCUGAGAAGUACCCGUACGCAUGGCGCUGGUACAACCACAUGCUCACCUUCGAGGGCGAGUUCGACUCCCUCCCUGGUGACCCAACCAAGGACUUCACCGCCUACGGCCCCGAGUCCUCCGAGCUCACCCUCAACCCCGCCAAGGCACCUGAGAAGGAGGCUGAGGACGACGACGAUGAGGUCGACCUGUUCGGCAGCGAUGACGAGGAGGAGGACGCCGAGGCUGCCAGGAUCAAGGAGGAGCGUCUGGCCGAGUACAACAAAAAGAAGGCCGGCAAGGUCAAGCCUGCUGCCAAGUCUAUCGUCACUAUGGACGUUAAGCCAUGGGAUGACGAGACAAACAUGGACGAGCUCAAGGCGAACGUUCUUUCCAUCGAGAAGGAGGGUCUCGUCUGGGGUGCCUCCCAGCUUGUUGCUGUCGGUUUCGGUAUCAAGAAGCUCCAGAUCAACUUGGUCGUCGAGGACGACAAGGUCUCGCUCGACGAGCUCCAGCAACAGAUCGAAGAGUUCGAGGACCACGUCCAGUCCACCGACAUCGUUGCCAUGCAAAAGUUGUAG